AUGGCCAGCCAAAUUCCUGCAUUCAAGUACUCUUUUCAUCCAGCAUUUGGUCAAAGGUGGCUUCAUCAACUAGCUGAUGAGAUUCUCUUGUAUGGCAAUGCUUCAUCUCCGGUAGUGCCCGAUGUAUAUCGCUACGUGCAACCCAUCAAGCCGAACGGGGGUGAGACGCUAUCGAGAAACGACCGUGUACACCGUGAUUACGCGACCCUGAUGGAAGAUUGCCGUACAACAGGAGCAGGGUACUUCGCCCUUAUGGAAGACGAUGUCAUCGCUGCUCGUCACUGGGCCAGUCGGCUACUAGACGGCUUGACAUACCUUGAACGGAUUGAUACCACGGGAAAGUGGCUUUACCUCCGACUCUUCUACUCAGAAACAUACCUGGGCUGGAACUCAGAAGAAUGGCCCAAAUAUCUUGUCCGUUCGUUAUGUUUCUACGCUACAGUACUCUGCCUAUACAUUGUUGUCGUUAUUGCAGUGGACAUACGUAGAAGGUCUAAUAUCUCCUAUUUUAUGGCUCAUAGCCAUGAUGUACUACACCUGACCUUCUGGGUAAUUUGUUUUACGACACUCUACUUCCUGGCUGGUAGACUAACUGUCGAUCCAUACAAAGAGGGCAUCCGGGAAAUGCCCAACUAUGGCUGCUGUGCACAAGGUCUUGUAAUACCAAAGCAUCAUCUCCUUGAUUUGGAAAAUGCACUACAUGGAGCUCCGAACCAAAUUGCAGGUGACUCUCUUAUCGAGAAGUUCGCCGAUGACCGGGCCUUGAAGAAGUAUGCUAUCGUGCCAAGUCUCUUGCAGCACGUGGGCAUCAAGGGUUCUUCGGAUGCUCAAGGGAACAAGAAGACGACAUGGAAUUUCAAUUUUGAGAAGACAGUUAUAUAA